UAACAUGAUUUCGCUCGCACCUUACAACAUAUAUUGCCACAAACCUCCAACCAUCAAGUAUAAUUAAAAUGAGUUCUGCAAUCGAGAUCAAGAAAAUUUUCAUUCAAAAAUCUGAAAGAGUUAAAUCGAUUGACUUGCAUCCAACCGAACCAUGGGUCUUGUUAGGUUUGUACUCUGGAAAUGUUUCUAUUUGGAACUCUCACUCUCAAGUAACAGAGAAGACUUUUGAAACCGGCAAAUCGCCAGUACGAACUGCAAAAUUUAUUGCACACAAAGAAUGGAUUGUUGUUGGAUCCGAUGAUGGCUUUCUUCGUGUAUAUAACUAUAACAAUAUGGAAAGUGUCGUGGAGCUAAAGGCACACACAGACUUCAUUAGGUCUAUGGUUGUGCAUCCAUCUCUUCCAUACAUACUUUCUGCAUCUGAUGACAAGCUCAUAAAGCUAUGGGAUUGGGAGAAUGGUUGGGAAUGCACUAAAACAUUUCAAGGGCAUGAACAUUAUGUCAUGCAAGUAGCAUUUAGCCCGAGGGAUGCGAAUGUAUUCGCAAGUGCAUCACUCGAUUGCACCAUUAAGAUGUGGAAUCUUGGAUCAUCAAGUUCACAUUUGUCGAUUGUAGGUCAUUCAAAAGGUUUGAAUUGUGUUGAAUUUUUUGAAACCGAUGAAAAGCUCCACUUUGUCACAGGAUCCGAUGAUUAUACUGUUAAGGUUUGGGACUAUGACACCGAGGUUUGUAUUCAAACUCUUGAAGGACACACAAACAAUAUUACGUCUAUACUACAUGUGAACUUGGACUUUAAUUUAAUCAUUACCGGAUCUGAAGACAAAACUAUACAUGCAUGGAAUGCGACAACUUAUAAGUUAGACCAAGUGUUUACCUCCGAACUUGGCAGAGUUUGGACCAUUGGAUUCAUAAAAGACUCAUCCCAGGUUAUACUUGGUUGCGAUGAAGGAAUACUCGUUGGGCAUGUCAUCCGUGCUUGUUCUUGAGCAAACCGUAGAUCAACUGAUCUAUAGGUGUAUUAUGUAUUACUAUUAUUAAAAUGCACCUUUUACUAAAUAUCGUGUAUCUUAAUAUUGUAUAUGUAUGAUGUAUGAUAUAUCUAAAUAUUAUAUAUGUAUGAUAUAUCUCACUGUUAUAUAUGUAUGAUGUAUGAAAUCAUAUAAUUAAUAAAAUAAAUAAAAUGUGAUGUUAUAUUAUUGGUUGAA